UUUUCCAGCGCCUUCAAUACCAUCCAGCCUCAACUUCUGCAAUACAAACAAGCAGACAUGGGAGUAGACUCACAUCUGGUGGCAUGGAUAAUGGACUACCUAACAGACAGACCCCAGUAUGUGCGACUGAGGGAAUGCAGGUCUGACACUGUGGUCAGAAGCACAGGAGCGCUGCAAGGGACAGUGCUCUCUCUGGUCCUGUUCAUCCUGUACACGUUGGACUUCAAAUAUAACUCAGAGUCCUGUCACGUGCAAAAGUUUGCAGACGACACGGCUAUUGUGGGCUGUAUCAGGUGUGACCAAGAGGAGGAGUACAGGAAACUCAGCCAGGACUUUGUCACAUGGUGUGACUCCAACCACCUGCACCUCAACACCACCAAGACCAAGGAGAUGGUGGUGGACCUCAGAAGGCCCAGGGCUCACCCGGAACCUGUGACCAUCAACAGUGACCAUGUGGAGUUGAUACAGACUUACAAAUACCUGGGAGUACACCUGGAUGAUAGGCUGGACUGGACUGCCAACACAGACGCCCUGUGCAGAAGAGGUCAGAGCCGAUUAUACUUCCUCAGAAGGCUGGCGUCCUUCAACAUCUGCAAAAAACUGCUGCAGGUGUUCUAUCAGACUGUUGUGGCGAGCGCCCUCUUCUAUGCAGUAGUGUGCUGGGGAGGCAGCAUUAAGAAGAAGGAUGCCUCCCGUCUGGACAAACUGGUGAGGAAGGCGGGCUCUGUGUUGGGCACAGAGCUGGACAGACUGACAUCUGUGGCAGAGCAAAGGGCGCUGAACAGGCUCCUGUCAAUCAUGGACAAUCCACUGCAUCCACUGCACAGCACCAUCUACAGGCAGAGGAGCAGCUUCAGAGACAGGCUGCUGUCACUGUCCUGUUCCACUGAAAGACUGAGGAGAUCGUUCCUCCCCCACGCCAUCAGGCUCUUCAACUCCACCCAGGGGAGAAAAACUCUAAACUCCAAUAUGUCUGCCCUUUAGUUAACUAUACUACCUGAUGCAGUGCACCCUGCAUUAUGUGACCACUGACUGACUGACACUACUUAUGCACCUUAGGCCUUUCAAGCACUGGAUCUGACCAUGCACCUUAGGACACUUACCCAAUGCUCGUUACUUAGCUUUUUAUUUUACUUUAUUCUAUUAAUUCUUCUAAA